CGACCCCUUGAUCUGCCAAAAGAGGUCGAAGAAGAUAUCGUUGAACAUCUCUUGCAUUUGGAAAACAUGUGUUAUGGAUUAACCAGGAAAGGAGUUAUGAAACUAGCUUUCGAAAUAGCAAAGAAAAAUAACCUCAGCACUCGCUUCAAUAAAGAAAAAGAAGAGGCUGGAAAAGAAUGGUUCGAAGGAUUCAUGAGACGACAUCCACAGUUAAGUUUGAGACGGCCAGAAGCUACUUCUUUAGCAAGAGCUGCUGGAUUCAAUAAACCGGUUGUCAACAAAUUCUUCGAUGAGUUGGAAAAAAUAGUAGACCAGGAAAAGAUUACAGCAGCCAGGAUUUUUAAUAUGGACGAAACUUCGCAUACUGUAGUUCAACGCCCGGAAAAAGUUAUUGCACAAAGAGGGAAGCACCAAGUUGGCGGCAUAACAGCUUGCGAAAGAGGACAAAAUGUGACAGGAGUAUACGCCAUGAAUGCUGUUGGGUUAUUUAUCCCUCCAAUGCUAAUCUAUGCGAGAAAAAGAAUGAAGGAUUCUCUAGCGUUUGGUGCUCCCUCUGGGACAAUUUUCAGUUGUCAGGACAUAGGUUGGAUGACUGCAGAUGUGUUUACGGAAUGGAUGUUGCACUUCAUUCGGAACGUAAAACCUAGCGUUACAGAAAAGGUUCUUCUCAUUUUAGAUGGACACAGCAGUCACACCCAGAGCUUACAUGCGAUUGAUCUGGCUCGAAAAAAUGGUGUUAUUAUGCUUUCAUUGCCAUCGCAUUGCACACACCGUUUGCAACCACUCGAUUUGGCUUUUUUUAAGCCACUGAACACCUACUAUGACUCCGCAAUUGCAACAAAGCUCAGAACGUCUCCAGGAAAACGACUUACUGUUGAGCAUAUCGCCUCUUUAGUUGGAGCUGCGUUUCCUAGAGCUGCUUCCAUGGACACUGCAAUAAAUGGCUUUAGGAAAUCUGGGCUGUGGCCAGUUGAUCGCCACGUGUUUACAGAUGCUGACUUUGCUGCUUCAUCGGUCACUGAUCGUCCAUUUCAAAAACCAGCUAGCAAGGAGCAAGAACAGCCAAUUGAGCCUACUCCUGUUACCCUAGAUGUGAUGAUUCCUGAGCAAAUGGAGCAUGCUGAAGAAGUACGACUGUCUAUAGUUUGUCAUCCACCAGAAAUAAAUGUGCCUACAACUUCCAGAGACAUUAUUUAUGGUUCAAGUGAUUAUCUUGGUUCAUCUGUAACGAGUUACGUGUCUGGAGAGGAAAUAAGCCCUCUCCCUUCAUGCUCAUUUUCACCACAGCAAAAGAAAAGACGAAGACGGGAGGUUUCAGGCAUAGUGCUGACAUCAACGCCUCAUAAGGAAUCGCUUACACCUAACAGGAGUCCAUGUUCCUCAACUAAGACUACUGCUUCAAUGAAGAUGAAACAAUUAUUUACUAACGGAAAGCCAAAAUUCCAAAAGAAGAAGAAGAAAGUGUUUAUUGCAAAAAGUUCGGAUACAAUGUGCAUCAACUGUGGUGACACUUAUGACACAGAUUGGAUCCAGUGCAAAUCUUGUAAACUUUUGUCACAUGAGGAGUGUGCAGAUUUAAGAGAUGCACUUUUUUACUUUUGUGAUGAUUGUGUGAAAUGCUAA